UCAGCACAUAAAAAGUUUGCAUUUUGAGUUGAACAAAUUUUGAUUUUAAUUUUUUGUUUUUUAAAAAAUUUAGGAAAGAGAUAAAUCUAUAACUUGUUCUUUAAUAAUAUAAAAUAAAAAUUAAGUAAAAAUGGUUGAUAAUUUUUUUAGUAUGUGGAAGGUCCGUGAGCUUGCUGAUAAAGUAACAAACGUUGUAAUGAAUUACACCGAAAUAGAAGGUAAAGUACGUGAAGCUACAAAUGAUGAUCCAUGGGGUCCAACCGGAGUCCUAAUGCAAGAAAUUGCCCAUGCAACAUUCACUUAUGAACAUUUCCCUGAAGUUAUGUCAAUGCUAUGGAAAAGAAUGUUACAAGACAACAAAACGAAUUGGAGACGAACAUAUAAAUCCUUAUUGCUCUUAAAUUAUUUAGUACGAAAUGGUUCUGAAAGAGUAGUAACAUCUUCAAGAGAACAUAUAUAUGAUUUGCGUACGUUAGAGAAUUAUACAUUCACUGAUGAAAAUGGAAAGGAUCAAGGCAUUAAUGUUAGACAUAAGGUAAGUGAUUUGAUACAAUUCAUCCAGGAUGAUGACAGACUAAGAGAGGAAAGAAGAAAAGCUAAACGGAACAAGGACAAGUACAUUGGUAUGAGUUCUGAUGUUUUAUCAGGUGGUUCACGAUAUGCAGCCGGAUCUGGGUAUAAUGACAGCAAUUGGAAUUCCAAUUCAAGUUAUAAAAGUGAUAACCGUAAUACAUAUAGUGAUUCUCAUCCCUCCUACCGCUAUGAAGAUGAAGGCUAUGAAGAUGAAAGGGAAAAAGAUGAUUCUGAUAAUGAUGCUUCUAGUCCGAGAAGAUACCGAGAUCGUUCCAGCCCAACGGAAAUAAAACAAACAUCUUUCGAACAACAAAAAACUCAAAAUGCCAAUAUAAGUAUUACAAAUUUGAAAUCAUCAACCGGAACCAAUAAGUUUGGCAAUAAUACUAUCAAAACUUCCGUAGUAACUAAAAAGAUUGAUUUGGGUGCUGCUGCUAAUUAUGGUAAAGAAAAAGAUUCAUUUGGAAUUCAUUCACCAACACAUAGAGAUUCACCAGAUGAAAAUUUAUUUGAAACAUGCCCCCCACCAAAAACAAAUAAUUCUUCUAUAAUUAGAACUGACGAUCUUAAAGAAAUUGAUGAUUUUAAUCCUCGUGCUGAUGAUAAUCAAGAAUUUGGAGAUUUUGAAAGUGCUUUUAAUGCUACAGGAUCUUCUGCUAAAUCAAUUCAACUGGACGUGGUUGCAAGCACGGUUCCAAGUAAUUUAAAUGUAGUUACAGACAAAAAUGAUGACUUCGCAGACUUCAAAUCAGCUUUUGAUUCAAGUAACCAUUCAUUAACUGACGUAGCAAUUCCAACAAAUCAGUCCAAUAAUUUAUUAAUAACAACUUCAAACAUGGAAAAUAUUUCAAAAGAAGCAAACAAUAUCGAUCUUUUUGAAAGCUUUGCUACACAUCCACCUUCAUUACCUGGUAAUCAGUCUUCAAAUUCAAAUUUGUUGGACGAAUUUGGUGCCUUAGCAAUAAACUCUGGGUUUUCAAAUGUCGAACGUCCAACUGCUCGAAAUAUAAAAUGUUUCAUGAACUUUGCACAAUUAGUAAAGAAAAUACAAAAAGUGGAAACUGAAAAGGAUUUAAACUAUUUAGAAACAUUAUUGAAAGGUUUUUUGAACGUACUACCGGGAGAAAUAACAUUUCAACAGCUAACCAGGAUGGACAUAAGCUCAUAUGAAAGUGAUUGGAAUGAGUUUGCUUCAACUGAAUACAAAAAUGUUUUACAUUCUUUGAUGAAUCUUACUCACGAUCUUUUGCUUAUAAAUGAUAAAACUUUUAAUAUGAAUUUAAUUUACAAUAUUUUUUCUAUCAACUUUAAUGAAGACUAUAUAAUAAGUUCUCUAGAAGUAUUAUUAGAGAAUUUAAACAUAAAGCCUACUUUAGCUGUAGAUAUUUUAGAAUGUUUGAUUAAAAAUGGAGAAAUAAUAACUAUGGGAAUUUUACAUGCUACGAAAGAUUUAACAAAUAUUCAAGGUUUUGAUAAGAACAAAGCAGAACAAAAGAGUGAACAGUUUUUAACGUUAAUUUUAAAUAUACACAGUAGAGUCGCAAACAGAAUUGGACUUGAAACUCCAAAUAUAUUUUGUUCUAACUUUUACGGUUAUAAUAUUUUAGUAGCUAUUUUAAAUGCUCUUGGUAUAGCUUUUAAAUGUAACGAGUGUCAAUUGGAACCCGUUUUUGAUGAAAAACGUAUAGCUGUUGUAUUGAGUAAAAUUGUGGUACACUUCAAUAAUGAUGUUACUUAUCAAUUUAACAUAUUUUUAAGGAUCCUUGCGCAUCUAUCGACUAUUGAAAAUCAGUAUAAAAUUUUCAUUAACAAUAUUUUUACAGACUUAAGCAAUGUUGCAAUCAAUAUUGUCGGAUAUAAAAUAUUAGAUCAAAAUAUUAAUUUAAGUUUAUUGCUUGGUUCUAAUGCUAUUAGUAUUUCUUCACAUUGGGAAUAUUUUUUGCUGUCCAAAUUUCCAUUUUCAAUGUAUAAUGUUUCAGAGAGCAGUAUUAUAAAUUUAACGACAUAUUUUCAAACUAAUUGUCCAGAAAAACUAUUUGAACUGUUUAAGAGAUCGUUGAACGUUUGGUCUACAAAAACUUCAACGUUAAAUAAUAAUAUUAAACAGCAUAUUUUCUUAAGCAAAUUGCUAAUUUAUAGUUUAAAAUGUUUAAUUGAUUUAAGACUUGAGGAAAGUUUCAUAUUUGAAAUAAAAAAUAAAUUGUUUAAUGGCACAAAAAAUCAUUUGGAAUCAUCUGAUAUUGUAUUUCGAUAUGUUGGAAUGAUUACUGCAGAAAUAUGCAUUAAUAUGCUCAACAAUAUAAAUGAGCCAAAAUUAAAUUUUGAUUACAAAAAUUUAAAUUCAGAGCUUACAGAGAUAAUAGAUUCCAUAAAAAAAUUUGCGAUUGUUAGUACCGAUAAUUAUAGUGAAAUUAAAACUGUGGAAGAAUUUUCAAUACUAGUAAAAUCAUUUUUUGACAAUAAUGACUUUACAGUAAGGCAAUUUUCAAGAUACUCCAAGAAAGAAGAAAAAAUAUUUUCCAAGAAAGAAGUUUCUCCUAAAGAAUGUAGUAAGAAUUCAAAAAUCAUUGAAAAUCUUUACGAUGCGGGCUUAGAUUCUGAUGACGAUUUAGAGCCGUAUGAUAUGUCAAACGAUAAAUCUGUUCAUGAAAAUAAGAAGCCUAAAUUUUUACUUGAUUUAAAAGAAAUUAUUUUGCAAGCUGAUGAUCCCGAUGUUUUUCAAGCUUGUUUGCAAUGUGCAGAAAAUCUUAUAAAACAGCAAUUACCCAAUAAUGAUGUAAAAUUGGCAAUUGAAUUGCUGCGUAUAUUUUUGUGCUUGGAAAGGAAGUUUUAUUUUGACGAGUUUGAGAAUACAAAGCUUAAUAUCUGCGUUCAAAUUUGUACAAUAUAUCCAGGAGAAUGCGGAGAAUUUUUAUGUGAACAAUUUCAUUUAGAUGACAACAAUUAUUCACUUCCAGUACGCAUAUUAAUUUUAAAUAUAAUAUCAAAAUCUGUUAAGCGGUUAUCCAGCAUUGAAAAAGAAACAACCGCAAGUCCAAAAAUAUUUUGCUCGAAUUCAAAUCAGAGUUUGCCAUAUCCAAGAAAAUUUGAAACAAAAAUGGUUGAUAAAGCAAAUAAUUCAAAAAAAAUAAUAUAUGAAAGAUUACGAAAAAAAACUAGACGUUUGCUUUCAAAACCUUCAAAGCAAAUUGAAAUUCAAAAUACAUUUUCAAAGCAUGUUGGAUCAUUUUUUUUUCCGUUGGUAAGGGGAGCCCGGAAAACUCAAAUACUGCAUUUAAAGAAUGAAAAAGCGGGAUAUGCCAUAGACAUGACAUUAAUUGUUACAUAUUUUAGCACUUUAACAAACAUUAUCUUAGCUGCAGAAAACUGUCCAACUCUAAAUAAAAUUUGUCGUGAAGUAUUCGAAAUUACAUCAUUUUUACGUUUUAGUCAGGAGGCAAAAGUAAGAAUUGCUGUUUUGGAAAUGAUCGGUGCAUUAUUAAUUACUGUACCUCGGCAUGUUUUAAUCGAUGAAUUCUUAAAUGAAUGCAUGGAAUUAAAAAGCUGGCUAGGAUCUUGCUUAAGAUCGCCAGUGAUAGGGGGUGACACAAAUGAAGAAUGCAGAGAAGUUGCCGCAUCACUAUUUUCGAUUUGUAUUGAUAUAAUUGGAAAUAGCAUUUAACAUCUAAAAUAGAAAUUAAAUUACUGAAUUUAUAUUUGUAAUAAAACGUUAUGUAUGUGUAUUGCUUUUACAAUAUACAUACAUAAUAUGUAUGUAUG